AUGUACUGCCUCUCCGAGGGCGUCGGCGGCGGCGGGACGGGCCAUGCCUCGACGGCGCCCAUGUCAUCGCCCGACACCGCAACUGAGGGCCUCCUGGCCGGGCGUCCCGGCUUCCCCAAGGGCCUGCGCGUGCUGCUGGCGGACGCCGAGGGCCCGGCCAUGAACGACGUCCGCGAGCAGCUGCAGCAGCUCGGGUACGACGUGACGACCUGCCCUGCUGCCGCUGCCGCGGCGCUCGUCUGCCGCGGCACCGGCGCCGGCGGGCCCGGCGCGGACGCCGCCCUCGGACGCGCGCCGCAGCGCCCGCCGCCACCUGGGAGCCCCGCCUCGAGCCAGAGCAGCUGCGGCACCAGCGCCGCUGGCUGCGCCGCCGCUGCAGCCCCCGCCGCGCCCUAUGACGUCAUCCUCGCCGACCUGCCCGCGGCAGGCGGCGACCCGGCCCAGCUGGCCGCCGCUGCCGCGGCCGCGGGCGUGCCGCUCGUCCUCAUGGGCGCGGGCUGCGCGCCGGGCGACGUCGUGAGGGGCGUGCGGCUGGGCGCGGCGGACUUUCUGGAGCGCCCGCUCAGCGGGCUGAAGCUGCGCAACCUCUGGCAGCAUACGGUGCGGCGCGCGCUCAACGCGCGGCACGGCGGCGGCGGCGCCGAUG